AUGGUAGGAGCACAUAUUCCUGGCACAAGUAUGACACUGUUUUCCUGUCUGCGAUGCGAUGGCAGCACCAAAGAGAGCUCCAAGGUGAACAUGGUCCUCACGGCCGUGCACGUGGCCUUCAUCCUCUUCAUCAUCGUCAUGGGCUUCUGGCGUGGUGACGCGCGCAACCUGACCCACCCCGCCGACCCGACCCACCCGGGCGGUUUCUUCCCCAACGGCGUCGGCGGCGUCUUCAGCGGCGCGGCCAUGGUGUACCUGAGCUACAUCGGCUACGACGCCGUGUCCACCAUGGCUGAAGAGGUGGAGCGGCCGGCGCGCGACAUCCCCAUCGGCGUUUCGGGGUCCGUCAUCAUCGUCACCGUGCUCUACUGCCUCAUGGCCGCCUCCAUGUCCAUGCUCCUCCCAUACGACGCGAUCGACACGGAGGCGCCCUUCUCGGGGGCCUUCAGAGGGAGCGACGGAUGGGGCUGGGUGUCCAACGUGAUCGGGGCCGGUGCCAGCCUCGGCAUCUUGACGUCGCUCAUGGUGGCCAUGCUGGGGCAGGCCAGGUACCUGUGCGUCAUCGGCCGCUCCGGCGUAAUGCCCGCCUGGCUCGCCAAGGUGCACCCCAAGACCGCCACCCCCGUCAACGCCUCCGCCUUCCUCGGACUCUUGACGGCUGCGCUGGCGCUCUUCACGGAGCUGGACAUCCUCCUCAACCUCGUCUGCAUCGGCACGCUCUUCGUCUUCUACAUGGUGUCCAACGCCGUCGUAUACCGCCGCUACGUCGUCGGCGCAACCGGCAGCAGCACCGAAUCCGGGGACCGGCAGCCCAGCGCAUGGCCGACCCUCGCGUUUCUCCUCGCCUUCUCCCUCAUCGCGCUCUCCUUCACGCUGGUGUGGAAGCUGGCGCCGGAGGGCGGCCGCACCAGGGUCGGGCUCCUGUCGGCGUGCGGCGCGGCGGCAGUGGCCACAGUCGGCGCGUUCCAGGCGUUGGUGCCCCAGGCGCACACGCCCGAGCUUUGGGGCGUGCCGGGCAUGCCGUGGGUGCCCGCAGCGUCCGUGUUCCUCAACGUCUUCCUGCUCGGCUCCCUGGACCGCCCGUCCUACGUCCGGUUCGGCUUCUUCUCCGCGGCCGCCGUGCUCGUCUACGUGCUCUACAGCGUGCACGCGAGCUAUGACGCCGAGGAGAGCGCCACGCUCGACGGCGCCAAGGUGCAGGACGAAGCUUGCAGGGUGUAG